CAUUUGUGCUUUAUCCUCCGCCCUCUUUUUUCCCCCAUUACCUUUUCCCUCUUUUGUUUCUUUAUUUUCUUUAUAUAUUUUCUUUUAUAUAUAUUUCCUUUAUUUUUAUUGUUAUUUCCACCAAUCGAGUUUGAUGCUAGAGUCGAUUCCAGGAAAGGUGUUUGUGGUGGGAGUCGUACUGCUCAUCGCAAUGAUUGCUUAUUCAUCACAACUUAUGGUGUUUGGUCCUGCACUCGGAGGACUGACGUUGAAAGCAUUCUGGUUCCUAGCUCCACUUAAUGUACUCGUGGCCAUGGUCUUUUACAACUAUUACCUUGCAGUCACCACUGAUCCAGGAAAAGUACCUUCAGACUGGGUGCCUGCAGUGGUUAUUAAGGAGAAUAAACAGCUAGGUAUAACAGGUCCACGAGUAUGUAAAGCUUGCAAUAUUUACAAACCACCUCGCUCGCAUCACUGCCGAUACUGCAAACGGUGUGUAUUGAAAAUGGAUCACCAUUGUCCAUGGAUCGAUAAUUGCGUUGGCCAUGGAAAUUAUCCCCACUUUAUGCGAUUUGUAAUCUACGUCGAUUUUGCAUGUUCGUACGUCGUCGGAUUAUUGAUAUGGCGGGUACGAACCAUUCUGGAUUCGAUGCGACACUUUCAAUUCGAUGCCGACCCAAAUACUUCUGAAAUUGUAUUUAUGGUACUCAACUUUGUAUUGGCAUUCGUGGUCUUAUUCUGUGUGGGUAUCUUGAGCGUCUAUCAUCUGUACUGUAUUGCCAAGAACCAAUCUACUAUUGAAGGCUGGGAACGAGGAAAGGUCGAAAAGCUGGUUAGAAGAAGCAAGAUACCUCCCGUUGUAUACCCAUUUGAUAUCAGCAUCUACAAGAACAUAUGUAGUGUAUUCGGAAAUAAUCCUUUCCUCUGGCUGUGGCCCCAAACACCAAAAUCCAACGGUAUCGACUUUGCUCUCUGUAACGAUGCAGAUCCAGCUGUAGUAUUUUACUGGCCACCUCGAGAUCCCGAUGAUUUGCGUCCAUCGAUAUUCUCAAUUCAAUACAAGCGCCAACAGGAAAAGAAAUACCGACAGAGCACAAAUCAAGAGGUAGAAGACAGUGUUUCAGACGAUUAUUACGAUUCCGGAAGUUUUGCUUCAGAUAGUGAUUAUCCCAGCGAUGAUGAAUACAGAGGUUCUCGCCACAGCCAGCAAUUAGAAGAAAGUCUCUAUGGUCUUUCUGGCAUUUCUCCCCACGAAAACGCAUACCAACGCCGGGGGUGGGAAUCUGAGCCAGAAGACGAUGAUUCAGUGCCGCUCGCUAAUCUUAUGCCACGCAAAUCACCCAAAGAAUCCAAGGAUGAUUAAUAAUUUUCUUUUCUUUUCUUUUUUUUUAAUAGAAAUUAUAUAUAUAUAAUAGUAACAGUCCUUAGAUACACUUCUUUUUCAUUCUUUCGUUCUUUCUUUUAUACAACGCUGUCUAUUCGAUAUCAAAUUGAGGGAGGUGCGGGGACGAGGGGGAGAUGGAGGUGGAGGAAAGGGGAGGUUUGUGCUUGCAAGGUCGGCCUCUAUAAACAAACGGAAUCUAUUUUUUUUCAUUGUGAUCGGAGAGGGGUUCGAGUUGUUUUUUUUUGAGUUGGUUGCAGUGACUUUUUUGUUUUUUGUUUUUUGUUUGUGAGGGGGGUUUUUUUGUGGAGGGGAAGAUAAAGCUUGAGCUUAUUGAUCAGUCCACAUAGAGACAAGAAGAGACCAAGCACCACCUACACCUGCACAUACAGCAGAGGAAAUAGCAAUUGCGCGAGGACCAGCAGUGCUCUUGAAGAUAGCUCCUGCAAUAGCACCUCCUCCAAUGCUGCUAAAGACAUUAUGGGUGCCCUGACAGUAAUCCAACAGGGCAGUGCUGCCAUUGUAAAGCAUAGCGACAACACCCACAGCGUUACCGAGUCCAGGGCCACGACGUGUGAUUGUGUUGAGGGUAGUGUUGAGGCGAACCUUGGCAUUUUCUGCACCUGAGCUCUUACGAAGACCUUCUGCCAUACCGUAAGCACCACCGAGUGUGAGACCUGCCAAAUAGGUGGUACCGGUGCCAUAGCACAGAUCGUCUGUCCAGCCGCGGGAAGGAGCUAGUGAAGCUCCACCGGCAGAGGAAGAGUGGUCUUCGACUUGCAAGAAGUCAAUACCACCCUGGAGAGCCAUGGGCUGCAAUUUGGCCGCAUCGUAUGAAAUGCUUGACAUGAAGUCAGGCAUCUUUUCGUACACAUUGUCGUCGACAAUGCUCUCCUCAAAUUGCAUGGGAGCAUAGACUUCCUCCUGCUCUUCGACAGCAGGGGUUGUGGUCGAUCCAAAGCCGAAAAUGCCCAUGGUUG